AUGCUCCUCGUGCUGGGUCGGCCCGGCAGCGGAUGCACUUCGCUCCUCAAGGCCCUUGCCGGGGACACCCACGGGAUCUCGAUCGGCCCCGGGAGCAUCGUCAACUACCAUGGCAUCUCGCACCGACAAAUGCACGCCGACUUCAAGGGGGAAAGCAUCUAUCUGGCCGAGCUCGACGUCCACUUGCCCGAGCUGACAGUCGAGCAAACGCUCAUCUUUGCUGCCUUGACUCGAGAACAGGGCGCUGAUCGGCAGUCCGUCUCUCGCAUAACAGGGCGUCGUGUGGCCCAGAUGCUGGAUCUAGGCAACACCCUCGACACGCGGGUAGGCAGCACAACGACACGCGGAGUCAGCGGAGGCGAGAAGCGAAGGACCAGCAUCGCCGAGGCCAUUGUCGGCGGCGCAUCGCUGCAGUGCUGGGACAACAGCACGCGCGGGCUCGACAGCGCCACGGCCCAGCGCGUUGUCGGGCUGCUGCGAGAGUCUACGACUGUUUUGAAGACGACGGUGGCCAUGAGCGUCUACCAGGCGUCCGAGAUCAUGUAUAAGAGCUUCGACAAGGUCACGGUCCUGUAUCAGGGGCGGCAAAUCUACUUUGGCCCUGUGCAGUCGGCGCCCGACUACUUCUGCUCUCUCGGCUUCGUGAGACCUGAUCGCGCAACGACGCCCGACUUCUUGACCUCUCUGACGAAUCCCUCGGAGCGGAUCGCGCGACCGGGCUUCGAGCAUCGAGUGCCGAGAUCGCCGGACGACUUUGCGACUGCUUGGAAGCGGAGCGCGCAGGCCAAAGCGCUCCAUGCCGAGAUUGAUGCGUUUGAGGCGGCUUAUCCAAUACUGGAGACAGAUGAGAAGCUCAGCCGUCGAACCUCGACCUACGCCAUCUCACUGCACCUUCAGGUCCUGGUCUGUCUCGGGAGAGGCUUCCAGAGGCUUCGCAAUGACCCAGCUGCCGCCAUCUCGCUCGCUGCAGCCAACGCCGUCCUCGCCCUGCUUCUGGGCAGUGUCUUCUACAAGCUGCCCGUCACCGCCGACAGCAUGGACAGACGGUCCGUCAUCAUCUUCUUCUCUCUCAUGCUGACGGCAUUCACCCCGGCAUUUGAGGUCCUUGCCAUCUGGGCGCAACGACCAAUCGUGGAAAAGCAUAGUCGUUACGCCCUCUAUCAUCCCUCGGCAGACGCGGUUGCUUCCAUGAUCUGCGACUUGCCGAGCAAGCUUGCGACGGCGGCGCUGUUCCAAACCACAAUCUACUUUAUAACCAACCUCCGACAGACACCUGCUGCGUUCUUCACCUGGCUCCUCUUCAACUUUGUCCUUAUGCUGGCCAUGUCUGUGUGGUUUCGCUUGCUAGGAUCUAUUGCCAGGAAAAGGGAGCACACCAUGGCUCCGUCCGGCAUCAUCAUCCUGCUCUGUGUGAUCUACAUUGGCUUCGUUGUUCCCGUGCCCUACAUGGUCGGUUGGCUGGCUUGGUUCCGACGCGUGAACCCCAUCGCCUACGCCUACGAGAGCUUGAUGAUCAACGAAUUUCGCAAUCGCCAGUUUCCCUGCUCGUCCACGAUUCCCACCGGCCCGGCCUACACGGCUGAGGGUCUAGACGGCAAAGUUUGCCCACACAUUGGGGCCGUGGCCAGGCAGGAUUUCAUUGAGGGCUCGGCGUACCUGUUGGACAAGUACCGUUAUGAGCCGGGUCAUCUAUGGAGGAACCUCGGGAUCCUUCUUGGCAUGGUCGGCAUUGUAUGUGCUUUACACUUGGCUGCAGCCGAGUACAUCCCGGCGCAGAGAUCCAAAGGUGACCUGCUCCGCUUCCGGAGCGGACAGGUCCGGGAAAAGAAGGGUUCGGACCUGGAAACCAACUCGGCGGUCACAUUUGCGCAGGACCUUGGAAGUGGAAUAGGUCAGGAUUCGCGGGGGGAGGGCAAUGCUUCAGACAAGGCCAUCCGGAAGCCUUUAUCUGUCUUCCACUGGACCAACCUGUGCUACGACGUCAAGAUACCUCAAGGCACGAAGAGGAUCCUCAACGGCAUAGACGGAUGGGUGAAGCCGGGAACCUUGACGGCCCUGAUGGGCGUGACAGGCGCCGGCAAGACCACCUUGCUCGAUGUGCUGGCGCAUCGAGGCGCGUCUGGAGCGGCGAGCGGCCAAGUCUACAUCGACAGCCACUUGCGAGACGCGAGCUUCCAGCGAAAAAUAGGCUACGUCCAGCAGGAAGACAUCCACGUCCCUACCUCGACGGUGCGCGAGGCACUGGAGUUUAGCGCCCUGCUGCGGCAGACGGGCAGUUGUGCGGCGAAGAAGCGCGAGUACGUGGACAGAGUCAUUGACGUCCUGGACAUGGCCGCGUAUGCCGACGCUGUUGUCGGAGUUGCCGGUGACGGUCUCAACAUCGAGCAGCGUAAACGGUUGACGAUUGGUGUCGAGCUGGUGGCCAAGCCCGAGCUACUCCUAUUCUUGGAUGAGCCAACGUCCGGCAUGGACAGUCAGACGGCGUGGUCCAUAUGUACGCUCCUUCGUAAGCUCGCAGACAGCGGGCAAUCUGUUCUCUGCACCAUCCACCAGCCGUCGGCGCAACUCUUCUGCAUGUUUGAUCGGCUGCUUCUCUUGGACAGUCGAGGAGAAACCAUCUACUUUGGUGACAUUGGGCUGGAUGCCUCGUCGGUGCUUGGCUACUUUGAGAGCCACGGUGCGCCCAAGUGUCCGCCGGACGCCAACCCGGCUGAGUGGGUGCUGGAAGUCACCGGCAGCGACGAGCCAGGCAAGGGGAAGGAGAGUUGGUCUCAAAAGUGGCAGUCGAGCCCACAGAAACUAGAAGUUGUCCAACAUCUUUCAGGGCUACGAGCUGUGGCAAAUACAUCAGAGGUUGCGAGGACCCAUGCAGACGAGUACGCCGCCUCCUGGUUCCGGCAACUGGCCGCUGUGUCGACGAGGCUGUUCCAGGAAUACUGGAGAGACCCGGCGUACUUGUCUACCAAGGUGGCUCUCUGUGCAGGCAUGGCCCUUCUCAACGGCCUCUCGUUCCAGAACACGCGCCUCGACAUCCAAGGGCUCACCAACGUGCUCUUCUCCAUAUUCCUGGUCUCGCAGCUCUUCGCCACGCUGAACCAACAGAUCAUCCUCCGCUUCGCUGACGGCAUGGCACUGUACGAGGCGCGAGAGAGGCGCUCCAAGUCGUACUCGUGGAGCGUCUUCGUCGCCGCCAACCUCGCGGUCGAGAUCGUCUGGCAGACCGUGGCCGCCGUGCUGGUGUUUACCGCCUGGUACUAUCCGACGGGCCUCUGGCGGAACGGCGACACGGCUUUCGGCACAGCUGACCGGGGGGCUCUGUCUUUUGUCCUGGUCUGGCUGUUUUGUCUCUGGGUCACGACUCUUUCGCAGGCUCUUGCCUCGGGGAUCAAGCAUCCGGAGGUGGCUAUCCAGAUAUCGACGCUCUGCUACUGGUUUUCCCUUGUCUUCUGCGGCGUCCUGGCUACGCCGUCCAGCCUCCCCGGCUUCUGGCUAUUCAUGAACCGCGCCUCGCCGCUCACUUACUUUGUCGACGGCCUCGCCAUCGCCGGUUUGGCCAACGCCCAAGUCACCUGCUCGGCGGUCGAGAUGCUACACAUUGAGCUCCCCUCUUCCUCCAAGCUCAGCGGCACCUGCGGGGAUUACCUGGGCCCAUAUAUUCGAGCAGCCGGUGGCUACCUGUCCGACCCGGGGGCGACGCGGGACUGCCAGUACUGUCGGAUCAACGACGCCAACUCGUUUCUGCGGGCUCUCGAUAUCGAAACGGACGGCAACCCGUGGCGGAAUGCUGGCUUCUUGGCCGUCUAUGUUGUGUUUGACGCGGUGGCCGUGUUUGCGCUGUAUUGGCUGGUUAGGGUGUUGCCGCGCUAG